UUCCCUAGUGGGUCUUUGAUGUCUGAGUCUGAGAGAGCAUGUGAAGCCCAACUAAACGAGUCAGGAGGUCUCUUUUGGGGGUAAGCCGAGUCCGUCACGAACGUCUUCGUCUCCAGCGAUUCCUCUCUCACCUCACGUAUCUAAAACUCUCCGGUUUGUUUUCCGUUCAUCUCAUCGGAAUUUUUCCCCGGAAACUUUCCCGAUUCGUCUCUAUACCUCUCUCUCUCUCUCUCUCUCUCUCUCUCUCUCUGUGAUUUUGAGUAGAUUUUGGUUCCGUAUGAUUAGGGUUUGAAGGGAGGUGAUUGUGGUGGUGCCUUUUUGUUGUUCGUGGUUUUUUAUUUCACUGUAAGUUAGAAAUUGGGCUCCAGUUGAUUUUUUUUCCUUAGGGUAUUCUUCUUCCUUGAGUUCUACAAAUGUCAGAAGGUUCGAGACGGAGUAGGGUCACUAUUACUCUAGGGCGUAGCGGUCAGGUGGUGAAUCGAGAUGCGAGUGAUAUAGAUGCUGGUUAUGAGUUGCCUAGAGUUGGGACCAAGCGGUCUGCUAAAGAAAGAUUAGGGAAUCAGUUAGAUAGUUCUCUUUACGGAGGAAGCGAAGAAGUGGUCAGUAAAAGGCAAAGAGGGGAAGCAAGUUUAAGUGGAAAUGAUUUGCAGAUCAGUCAAAAUGAUCUCCGGUUCAAACUGCUGCAGAAAAAUGCCCAGAGACGAGCUCAGAGCAAUGGAGGUAGCACUAUGGAUCUUCGUGAAAAGCUCUCCAGGAGCGAGCAGCCUCCACGUAGCCUUGAUACUCGACCACUUAUGGCUGAGCUGAGGGAUGUUCCUUUACCUUCAUCAAGAACUGCUCGUGGUUCCUCUCAGAUGAUUUCAUCAAGUAGUUCGUAUGCUCCAUGGGCCCUGGAAGAUUUACGACAAAGGUCUCCAGAGAGAUUUGUGGAUACUUCCAGGGGUCCAUCACCUCCAAGAAAUGAUGGACGUAUGAUUGGCAUUCCAAGGGCUCCAUCGCCCCCAAGAAAUGCUGGAAGGAUAAUUGGCAGUCCAAGGGAUAGAUCACCUCCAAGAAAUGCUGGAAGGAUUGGCAGUCCAAGGGAUAGAUCACCUCUACGAAAUGCUGGAAGGAUCGGUAGUCCGAGGAAUAGAUCACCUCCAAGAAAUGCUGGAAGGAUUGGUAGUCCAAGGUAUAGAUCACCUCCACGAAAUGCUGGAAGGAUUGGCAGUCCAAGGGAUAGAUCACCUCUACGAAAUGCUGGAAGGAGAAUUGACCCUCCAAGGGAUCUAGCAUCACCGCCAAGGAGCACCAGAAGCUUCAGUAGUGCCUCUAGGGCUCUGUCCCCAGCUAGAAAUGUGGGAAGCUACAUGGGUUCUUCUCUGGGGUUUUCCCCGCCUAGGAAUCCUCGAAGCUACAUGGGUUCUUCCAGGGGUUCUCCUCCACGUAGUACUAUUGAAGAUUUUCAUGGACGAAGCAGGAUGCUUGAUGAUGUGAGAGCGCCAUAUCCUGUUAGAGGUGUACUAAAUGGUCAAGCCCCAGCAAGUGGUGCUCCUUUCGCCAGGCCAAUGUUACCUCCUCCAGUCCCAAACCCACAUCCGUUACCUCCUUUGAGACAACUUCCUCCUUUUGGAAGUAUGAUGCAGAACAAUCCCUUCUCUGUGGAAGAGCCUCUAACAGUUGAUAGCUUUCUAAACUCAAUUGGACUUGGAAAAUACUCCCUUGCCUUUAAGAGAGAGGAAGUGGAUAUGACCACAAUAAAACAGAUGAAAGAAAGUGAUCUAAAAGAUCUCAUAAUACCAAUGGGUCCAAGGAAGAAGAUCCUUCAAGCUAUAGCGUCCCUUCCGACGCGGUAGCUAUGGAAAAAAACGGGUUUUGGCUUUCUGGCUGCUUCUCACUCUUUUUUUGGUAUUCUUAGCCUCUAUGGGGAUCGAAACUAUGAUAAUUUUUUGAGAUCCAACCCGAAACUUUUCUCUCCGGAUGAUGAUUGUAGGCAGCGGAAACUUUUCUUUUGUAAUUCUUCUUCUCUGUUAUGGAUUUUUGUUUUUCUGUUUCUGGUAUUACAAUAUGUUAACCCAAGCAGUCUCUAAUUGUGAAGUGCGACGGUGUUUUGGUGUAAUACAAACACUCUUUUUGGUUGGUAUAUAAAUAACUGAAUCUCGAUCUGUUA